GGCCAGGAGGUCCGAGUUGGGCGCCGCCAUGACAACCUGAUACCGGAAAAGGCGGGUCUCUUCUCCCUGACUGAUCGGCGCCUGAACUCGCCUGGAGAUGCAGGCAGCCCUGGAAGUCACUGCUCGAUACUGCAGCCGGGAGCUGGAUCAGUAUGGCCAAUGCGUGGCAGCCAAGCCUGAGUCGUGGCAUCGGGAUUGUCACCACCUUAAGAUGAGCAUUGCUCGCUGCACGUCCUCCCACCCCAUCAUCCGUCAGAUUCGGCAGGCCUGUGCGGAGCCUUUUGAAGCCUUUGAGAAGUGUCUUCGUUUGAAUGAGGCAGCAGUUGGCAACUGUUCCGAAUACAUGCGCCGCUUCCUGCAGUGUGCUGAGCAGGUGCAGCCGCCAGCCUCGCCCACUACCGGAGAGGCACAGCCACUUCCUGCCUCCUGAAGACCCUUGGACUUUGAGACAUGGUGAAUGGCUACC